UCUACCUAUAUGGAUUUAUUUUUAUAAUGUCGCUAAACGAGCCCGAGCAUCCUCAGAACUACUCCCACUCCCACUCUCACUUCUAGUAACACUCAGAGUCACGGCCCCUAGUCCUACUCGACCUAGGCCUUUCAAAUUGCAUCUGAAUAAGUAACGAGGUCGAUUAAUGCAUUAAUUGGGUGGCGAAGGACACCGCCACGCCAAGCCGUGCCAAGGAGGGACCCCACCCGGUCCGGUCCGGUCCUUGCCCCCGCCCAGCCGCAUCCUUUCUCGCUCGCGUGUCGUGCCGCUCGUGCUAGAAUCCAAGGAGAUAUACGCGCUCACACACACACACACAUCAUAUAUAUAUAUAUAGGAAAACUACCUGCUUUGGGUUUCCUGUGUGGCGCCUGCCUUGACGUAACUUUGGGCCGCACAGCUGCAGGAGGAGGAGGAGGGAGUAGCACCGAAACGCCUUAACCUGACUCACUUCCAUCGCUCCAAAGAGCGACCGCAACGCCAGAAACGCCAAACCUUGCCCGCUGUGCGUUCAUUAAACUUUCAUGACCAAACAUUAAAUUGCAAAGAGCAGGAGGAAGUGAAAGUGGAGAGGAGAGAAGAUAAAAGGAGGAAUCCGAACCCCCAUUACCAUUCCAUAGCAUACAUUUCGGAGUAAGGAAACUAAGCCAAAGUAACAACGCUCCAUCAUCCCCCGGCUCGGUUGUUGUUGUUUUUUUGUGAUAAAUUAUUCACCGAUCCGGAUCCGGAUCUUGAUCCCGCCCACCCAAUCCAGCCCUUCUUGUUCUUCGGCCUCAGCUCCAGUUCCAGUUCCAGCUCCAGUUCCAGCCCCACCAUCACCUUCUACACCACCACCAAAAACAAUAACGAUACCGUAGAGGAAAAACGACAUUUAUAAUCCAAAGUACAAACGAAUAACCCCAAACAACGCUGCAACCCGAACUAAACUAUAAAUAGCAACAUAUGGUAUUAUUAUACAUUGUACAAGCCGGCAGAUAUACAUGAUAUGAACACAUAACCUCCAAGCAAACACCCGCAUAACGAAUAACGAAUCGAAUCGAAACGAAGCGAAGCGAAACGUGCAAAACCGAAAGCAAUACAAGCAAGUGCUGUUAACUAUUUUAGGAGCUACUUUUUAGACAUUCAACCCUACGUUACUUAACACCCAAGAACCCACCAAAAUAACCGAACCCCAAACCCCGGAAGGAGGACAACAAGCAGGAGGCAAUGCAGUGAGAGUGAAACAGAUAGACUAACACACAACGAAAAGCAAUUUAUUUUGGCAUUGGACCUGUGUUAGUUAAUGCCAAAAAUCGAAACGGAAGUUGCACCCCCACUCCACACACAGACACACACCCACAUAAACACCUAAAAAAUGCCCAUAACAGGGUUAAGAAUUGCAUCAGUCAUCGCGGGGCGUCCAUUAUAGGACGGAAUAGCCCCAACAAAAGGCACCAACAGCCACCACAUCAGGAGUUUAGCGGCAACUGUAACGGUUAGAGGAUAGCGGAUAGCAGAUAGCGGGUAAAAGUCAAAAGUGGCGAGAGAGUGGCGAAACUUCACCGUUACUCGAUGUGGUGCUAGUGGUGGCGACGUGACGGCGGCGUUGUUGACAGAAAAUGCACGUGAAACACACUCAGCGCCGAGUCAGCGGUCCUGGAGCAUUCGGAACCUUUACCAACGAUCAACGAGCUAGCCGCGACAACUUGUACCCCGACGACCAUCAGCAGCAGCAGCAGCCUCCGCAGCGCCACUCGCACUCGCACCAGCACUUGGUGCGGCAGUCUCUGACCAGUCUCAGUCACGGGCAGGCGUCAUCCGGAUCCGGGCCAGCGGGGGAUGAGCAGCGGGCCCAGCAGCAGCAGCAGCAGCACCGUCAUCGCAGCAGCAGCAGCCGGCUCUCGAGCGGCAUCUCGAAGCAGAACUCCAGCGACAGCCGCAGUGGACUGCGCAUCCUCGACAGCCACAGUCCGGUCAGCUGCGGCACGCACAGCGUGAGCAGUACUGGCGGCCACUCGGCGCUCUACGAUGCCUGCCACGAGUACACGCGCAGCUUGAGUGCAGCUCCAACCGUUGAAGCAAGAUCGGGAGCGGGAGCGGACGCAUCGUUGCUGAAGGGACACUACAGUGAUCAGCAGCUAGCACAGCCAGAGCCAGAUCCAGAGCCGGACCCUGAGCGUGACAGGGAUCGGGAUCGUGAUCGAGAUCGAGAGCGGGAAAGACGCCAUCUGACCAAUCUCAAUCUCAAUCUGAACAGCGAGUACGACUACAGCGGCAGCGACAAGCAGCAGCUGGUGAACGAGACGUACAUCUUCAAGUGCAUCGCCAACAGUCCGUCGUUUCUGCGCACCAACAAGAUCAAGGAGCAGUCCAAGAAGCUGCGCAACCUCUCGCUGAAGACGCGCACGGCCAAGAAGAAGGGCCAGAUCAUCUCCAAGUCGAACGCGGUGUCGGACAACUCGCUGCAUCCGGGCGACAAGUACCUCAACUUGUAUCUGGUGGAGAAGAAGCACUCGCUACAGCCGCAGGCCACAUCCACAUCCGCGUCCACAUCCACGCCCAAUCCUCACUCAGCAUCAGCCCCGGCCAGCUCAUCCUCAUCCUCGACGGCGACGACUGGGCGUCCGCAGCAGCAGUCCCAACAGCUGCCAGCACUAUCCGCGGUUGCCGCACGCCAGCAACAGCUGCUCCUCAACGGAUCGCUGAAGAGCAAGACGAAGACCUUCCCGGCCUACAGAGCGUCCGUGAAGAGCGAGAGCGAGUAUCGCGGGAGCGGCAGCAACACCAUUCCGACGACGGGCAAGAGUCCACCGGUGCCGCACUCGCUGGCGGCCAAGAUAAGCAGCGGCAAGAACUGCAAUCUGCUGCAGAGCGCCGGCAACAAGCAGCUCAGCGUCAGCAGCAACUCAUGCCACAAGCUGCAUGCCCAAGGACACGGACACGGACACGGCCACUACGCGGGAGCACAAGCACACCAUCUGGCCUCAUCGCCCAAGAGCUCGGUGUCGAGCAACGGACACCUGAACAAGUACUGCCUGACAGACCUCACGCGCCGCAAGGCAGAGUUCAAUCGCCAGCUGAGCGCCCCCACGGACUACACGCACCACUCCUCCAGCAACGGGUCCCAGCAGGAGGGUUCCUCCGAGGCGGCCAAUGAGGCUGUGGGCGAGUCGACCAUCACUGUAGCCAGUGCGGGAGUGCUUGGAAACGGCCACGGCUAUCCUUACAUCCAUCAGGCCUCGGCCACAGCACCGGCCAAUCUCAAGGCGUCGCUGCAGCUGCACAACUUCGGUGUCCAUCAUCCGUAUCCGUAUCCGUCGCGUCCUACGUCCACCUCGUGCACGAACAGCUUUAACCGACGCCACAUACGACGGCACAAGAGCAAGCUUGGCGAACGUUUGCUGAGCGGCGAUAGUGAGGAAUCGGUGCGCUGCUCGUACUGCUCCGUCUUGAAUGUGAAUGAGAACGAUUUGCGAAUUUCGUUUGAAAACACCUGCACCGACUCGCUGGUCACCGCUUUCGAUGAUGAGGCACUGCUAAUAUGCGACCAAGGAACCGAAAUGGCAAGAGCAAAGGUACACUUUGAUGACGUGUCGUUGUACGGCACUCCGAAAGAGGAGCCGAUGCCGAACAUACCGAUCGUGUCGGAAAAAGUCUCUGCGAAUUUCCUAAAAAGUCAAUUGCAAUCAUGGUUCCAGCCGACGGACAAUCGUUUGGCCAUGAAACUAUUUGGCAGCCGCAAGGCAUUGGUCAAGGAGCGCAUACGUCAGAAAACUUCCGGUCAUUGGGUCAUACACCCGUGCAGUUCAUUCAGGUUUUACUGGGACCUUUGCAUGCUUUUAUUAUUAGUAGCAAAUCUUAUUAUCCUGCCAGUCGCAAUAUCAUUCUUCAACGAUGAUCUGAGCACACGAUGGAUUGCCUUCAACUGCCUAAGAAUUAUGCAACAAGACAACGCUGAACAAGUAAUAUUGGAUCCAAAGCUUAUAGCUAAACACUAUUUAAGAACUUGGUUUUUUCUCGAUUUGAUUUCGUCGAUACCGCUAGAUUAUAUAUUUUUAAUUUUCAAUCAAAUUAUGAAAUUGCAGGAUUUCUCUGAUUCUUUUCAAAUUUUGCAUGCCGGACGCGCCCUGCGCAUCCUGCGCCUAGCUAAACUACUCUCCCUCGUCCGCCUGCUCCGGCUCUCCCGCCUCGUGCGCUACGUAUCCCAAUGGGAGGAGGUCUAUAUUCUGCAGAAUCUACAGAAAAAAAGUGCUGAUCGCAGAGGGAGAAUGCACAGAAAAGACAAAGAUGGCUUGACAAAAAGCAACCUAAUUCUCAAGUUCCUCAAUAUGGCCUCGGUGUUCAUGAGGAUCUUCAAUUUAAUUUGCAUGAUGCUCUUGAUCGGACACUGGAGCGGUUGCUUGCAGUUCUUAGUGCCAAUGUUGCAGGGUUUUCCAUCAAACUCCUGGGUAUCCAUCAACGAGUUGCAGGAAUCCUACUGGCUGGAGCAGUAUUCGUGGGCAUUGUUCAAGGCUAUGUCGCACAUGCUGUGCAUUGGCUACGGCAGAUUUCCACCUCAAUCACUGACAGACAUGUGGCUGACCAUGCUGUCGAUGAUAUCCGGCGCCACGUGUUACGCAUUGUUCCUGGGUCAUGCGACCAAUCUCAUCCAGAGCUUGGACUCCAGCAGGCGGCAGUACCGUGAGAAGGUCAAACAGGUGGAGGAGUACAUGGCCUACCGCAAGCUGCCGCGCGACAUGCGACAGCGCAUCACGGAAUACUUUGAGCAUCGGUACCAGGGUAAAUUCUUCGAUGAAGAGUUGAUCCUUGGCGAGUUGAGCGAGAAAUUGCGCGAGGAUGUCAUCAACUACAAUUGCAGAUCCCUCGUGGCGUCAGUGCCUUUUUUUGCUAAUGCCGAUUCGAAUUUCGUUUCCGACGUAGUUACUAAACUGAAAUACGAAGUUUUCCAACCAGGUGAUAUUAUCAUAAAGGAGGGUACGAUCGGUACAAAAAUGUACUUCAUUCAGGAGGGCGUGGUGGACAUUGUCAUGGCCAACGGCGAGGUUGCCACCUCACUAUCGGACGGUUCUUACUUCGGUGAGAUCUGUCUGCUGACCAAUGCGCGUCGUGUGGCCAGCGUGCGAGCCGAAACCUAUUGCAAUCUAUUCUCAUUGAGCGUGGAUCAUUUCAAUUGCGUGCUGGAUCAGUAUCCGCUGAUGCGCAAGACCAUGGAGACUGUGGCCGCAGAGCGGUUGAACAAGAUCGGCAAGAAUCCAAACAUAAUGCAGCAGAAGGACGAACAGCUGAGCAAUCCCGAGUCGAACACUAUCACGGCCGUGGUGAAUGCCCUGGCUGCCGAGGCCGAUGAAUGCAAAGAUGACAGUGACAUGGAUCUCAAGGAGAAUUUACUGCAUGGGUCAGAGUCGAGCAUUGCUGAGCCGGUUCAAACGAUACGCGAGGGUCUGCCCAGGCCUCGGAGCGGGGAGUUUCGAGCCCUGUUCGAGGGCAACACCCCAUGACACUGAGCCGAGGCGAUGGCGAUGGCGAUGACUAUGACGAAGACGAUGACGAUGGUGAUGAAGAGCGGUGCGGGCGGGCAUCGGGCAUCCAUCUGAAAGGCAAUUUUGCAGGACACACACUCACCCACACACACAGCCACAUACACAAAACACCACUCACACACACACAUGCGUAUAUAAUAAUUUAGUAAAUGAAACCCCAAGAAGCGAUAAGAAGAGUACACUAAAAAGAAUCAAUUUACGGUAGACACUCUAUAUAUGCAAUUGCGAUUUAGUAGAAAACAUUAAAAAAAGACAAAACAAAAAAAUCCAAAAAAAGAACAAAACAAUUACACAAAAAUGUCCUCAAUAAUUAUUCAUAAUUUCAGCUCCGCUAACUGUGAUGACUUUAAUAUAAGAAUCGAAAAAAAAAACAAUUACAUACAAAUAUAAAUUAUAUGAUAGAGAAGAAACUCAGCAGACAGAUCCGAAUCAGAAUCAGAUCCACACAGACCUAGCCCACAUACCGCAAUAGAAGAGUUUGCCACACACACAUACACACACAAAAACACAUGCAACCAACAACAACAAAAAUACAGACACAGAGAGAGACAUACCUUAUAGGGAAUCUACAUUUAAGUUUUAUGCCCACGAUAUUGUAAUGAUUACGAAGUGAGUAGACUUUUGUGAAUUGCUACAGCGUUAGUCCUAUGGACCUACUACAGAACAUACAUACACCCACACCGACACCCACACAGAGACAGACACCAACCACACCUGUAGAUUGUAGAGUGGAACAGGGUAAGAGACAGUCGAAAUACAGACCGACUGACCAACAGAUCCGCAGACACGCAUCAACUUAUGAUAUAAAGAAACGGAGCGAAUCGUGAAGGCAUACCAAACACACAUAUUUAUGCGCGUAGCUAUUAUGUACUCGAGCAACCAACAAACAAACAAACAAACAAACAAUUAUGUAUUAUUGCGAUUAUAUAGCAUAUUUAAAUACGCAUUGCAAAAUGGAAACAACAUAACUCAGCAAUAUACAAGAAAACAAAAUGUAUUUAAGCAAGUUUAACGAAUGCGCAUUAGUAGUUGAACUAUUAGUUUUUCACUCACUAACAAAACAAAAAAACAAACAAACAAAUAACACCACUCGACACACAACGUAGUAGAGAAGCCUCAACAAAAAAUAAAAACAAAAAACAAAAGAAGAAUACGAGUAUAUUCAAAAGAAAACCAACCUCAGGGUGCCGUCGUUUCAGCGGUCCCCAACCGACAAAAACAAAAAACAAAAGAAGGAAGAACAAACAAGAAACCAACUAUAUACACGACAUAUAUAUACAAAACAUAGACAUUGUUGUCUUUUAUAGGGAAUUGUUAUAAAGCCUCAGUUUCGGUUAUAUUUCAAUUAUGUAUUUAUUGCCGCCUGCCGCUGGUCAGGAUCAUAAUUUUCCAUUGAUUCAGAAUUUCCGUUCAGGAAUACAAUAAUAUUUGGUUACGAGCGUGAGUUCUCAACGCAAGUGGUUCGUCUUUGAGUCGUCCUUGUUUGUCAUACUUUCAAGCAUAAAUCAGGCAAAGGACGGCGACUUGUCGGGGGAUUUAUGUAACUUAGUAUUUUAUUACACGUAAAUAAUAAAAAGAAAAGCAGGACAGCGUUUGCCUUAAAAUUAAACAAA